CCAAGGCUGAGUACAAACCCGCCCUCACGGUUAUUGUCACUUAUCUUGAAUUCGUCUUCUCAGGUCAAAUUUAACAACAUCUAUCAGGAGCUAACUUGUACUCCACAGUCGGCCAGUAGCGGCGUUGGCUUGAGAAGCCCCCCUCCCAACUCCCCUAUGCUCCGUUACCGGCACGAGCAAUUGGCACAUAAACGACCCACCUACAAUCUGGGCCCCCGGAUAACUGCGGUGUCAGGUGGAGAAUGGCACGCCCACUCACCGACAACUGUGGAACCGAACAGUUUCCAGUAUCAGUAAGCCAAGGAUAUAAAGCAUCACUGGCAGGGUUCUCUUCAAUGACAUAUUGAGAAUCCGCGGAGCCAAUUCUUGCGUCCAAGUCAGAAGAAAAAAAGGUUACAGCAUACAAUCAUGGCGCAAGCUGCAGCAAUCGAGCUGACUGAGCUGCCAAACCCUCGUUUCGACGAACUCACAGAGGGCUCCGCGGCGCCGUCGUGCGAUGAUGCCGUCGCCACCAACGGCAGUGGUGAUUCGCCAGUCAACGGGCUGAGCGAGGGCGAGAGCGAGAGACAGAUCAGUUCUCUGCCCCCGGUAGACGGGGGAAAAGACGCAUGGCUGUUCCUCGCUGCGUGCUUCGCCGUCGAAGCCCUGGUCUGGGGCUUCCCGUUCUCCUUUGGCGUUUUUCAGGAGUACUACAGCACCCACGAGCCCUUUGCCGGGCAGCCCAACAUUGCCGUCGUGGGCACCUGCGCCAUGGGCAUCAUGUACCUGACGGCGCCGCUGAUACUCGGUACGGCGCGCAUGUUCGGCCGAUGGACGCGCUGGAUGCCCAUGUUCGGCCUGUUCUUCAUGUGCUUGGCCCUAGCGCUGAGCUCGUUCUCGCAGACAGUCCCGCACCUGAUUGUCACCCAGGGUAUAUUUUAUGCCAUUGGCGGUGGGAUUGCUUAUUGCCCUUGCAUUUUGUACAUGGAUGAGUGGUUCGUCAACCGCAAAGGUCUCGCAUACGGCAUCAUGUGGUCCGGCACGGGCCUGGCGGGCGUGGUGCUGCCGCUGAUGAUGGAAUCCCUGCUCGCGAGCAUCGGCUUCCGGAGCACGCUGCGGCUCUGGUCGGGCCUGCUGUUCCUGCUGACGGCGCCGCUCUCCGUCUUCAUCAAGCCGCGCCUGCCGGUGAGCUCGACGGUGCACGCCAAGCCGUUCAACCUCCGGUUCAUGCUCAUGCCGAGCUUCGUCAUGUACCAGGCCGCCAACAUCAUCGAGGCCACGGGCUUCUUCCUGCCGGGCAUCUACCUGCCCAUGUAUGCCCGCUCCGCGUUUGGCGCGCAGUCGUACGCCUCGGCGACGACGGUGCUGCUCAUCAACGUCGCCAGCGUGUUUGGCUGCGUCGCGAUGGGCUGGUUCACGGACCGGUUCCACGUCACGACGUGCAUCCUGCUGUCCACCAUCGGGGCCACGCUGGGCAUAUUCCUGCUCUGGGGCCUGUCGGCGAGCCUGCCGAUGCUGUACGCGUUCUGCGUCGUGUACGGGCUCUUUGCGGGCUCGUUCACGUCCUGCUGGCCCGGCAUCAUGAAGGAUGUCCUUGUCAGCUCGGACCGCGAGAGGCACGGCAUCGUCGACCCCAGCAUGGUCUUUGGCUGGCUCGCGGCCGGCCGGGGCAUUGGCAACAUCGUGUCUGGUCCGCUGAGCGAGAGCCUGGCCCGGGGCCUCCCCUGGCAGGGACAGGCUGGGUUUGGGUACGGGAGCGGCUACGGCAGCCUGAUUGUGUUUACGGGCGUGACGGCCCUGCUGGGAGGCGGGAGCUGGGUGUGGAAGCGGCUGGGGCUGCUGUAGAUGUCUAAGAUCCCAUGAUCCCUGAACCGGCACGCAAGGAUUCGGACACGCAAUGGGAUAGUUUCCUUGGUGUCUAAGGACUGAGCCGUAGACUGUAAAAAGUCCCGGCAUUAUUUCGGGAUCGGCUACUCAUGAAUCAAAUAAAAUGCAGCUUUUCACUCA